AUGCCCGGGACGCGGAGACCCCAAGCAGACGAGGAAGUGGUCGACGGUGGCCGUGAGGAUGAGGAUGAGGAGGAGGAGGAGGAGGGGGCAAGGUCCCUGGACUGCGAUUUGCUGCAGGAAAUGGCCGAGGAUUGGCGAGGUAAGGAGGCGGGGGAGCCCUGUGCGCGCUGCGGAAAUGGGUUUUCUGUAAUCAGGCGUCAGACCGCGCGCGCGCUGGCCGACCCCCGCGGGAGCAUGUCGUCCAAGAGGAAGUCGCCGCCGAGCAAGCUGCAGGAGAGCGGGGGCGGCGAGGAGGCGGCGGUGAUGGCGGCCGGCGGCGGCGGCGGCGGCAUGUUCUCCGACCAGGAGGACAGCAACACCUCCUCGUCGGCGGCGUCGUCGCGCUCCGAGGCGGAGGCGGCCGGGGGCGGCGAGGAGGCGGCGCCCAGCAAGAAGCAGCGUCUGGUGUGGCCGGCGCCGGGGGCGGCGGCGGCGCUGCUGCCCGCCCUCAGCGCCAUCCGCCUGCGGCACGAGCAGGCGCCGCCCCUCGAGCCCGACCUCAAGACGCACAACAACAACAACAGCCUGUCGGCUCUCAACAACAACAACAACAACAACACGCACCCGGCCAAGAGGACCAUGGACGACGUGCUCAAGAGGCUCACCUCCAAGAUGCACAUCCACGACGACAAGCGGCCCACGCCCGCCGGCACGCCGUCCAGCGUCACGCCCAGCGACGCGGACGGCGACUCGCUGGCGCUGGAGGGCGCCUCGGCGCUGCAGCAGGCGCUGUCCGGCGACACCUUCGCCGAGAAGGAGCGCCGCCUCUCAGAGAUGAUCCUGCAGCUGCAGAUGGUGCGCGAGCAGCUGCUGUCUCAGCAGGAGCACCACAGCAAGAUGCUGGCCAGUCAGCUGAGCGUCGAGGCGCAGAAGCAGCUGGAGAUACACCGGAUGCAGCAGGAGAGCCUCAAGAGGCAGCAAGAGCACAUCUUGCAGCAGCAGCACAAGAUACAGGAGCUGAGGAACCAGAUCGCCAGCCAGUACGCGGCGGCGGACAAGGCCCUGGGCCCGCAGCCGCUCGUCUUCCUGCCCUUCCUGGACCACCUGAGGGGCCUGCCGCCCCCGCCGCCGCCGCCGCCCGCCUCCCUGCCCGCCCUGAUGCCGCAGCAGCAGCAGAUGUCCAGCUGGGCCACGGCGCACCUGGCGAACAUGGCGACCGUGGCGGGGGGGGACAGCGACAGGUCGUCGCCGCGCCACACUCCGCCCUCGCACCACCAGCAACACCAGCACCAGCACCAGCAGCACCAGCAGCACCAGCUACUGGCGGACCCGGACGCACCGCUCAACCUCAGCAAGCCCAAGUCGUCGCACCAGGCCCUGCACCACGGGCUGGAGCAGCCCGUGGCAGCCACCACGCCCAAGCUGCUGCCCCCGGGGCUGAUGGUGCAGCGCGCCUUCCUGCCGUACGCGGGCCUGCCGCCGCCGCUCGGCCCAAUGUCCUCCCCCGCAGGCAAGAUGGGCGCGCCGGCGGGCCAGGGCAUCAUGGGGCAGGCCAAGGAGGGCCUCGUGUCGCCCGACAAGCACCCCCACUUCCCGCUCCACAUGUACGGGCUGCCGAGCCCGCACCUGCCCUCGCCCAAGUCCCGCCGCGAGGAGCAGCAGCAGCUCGGCAAGGAGGAGCCCGACUACAUGAGCCCGUGCCACAUGUGGGGCCCGGAACCGGUGUACAAACUGCAAGACGAGAGCAGUGAGAAAGCUAAACUGGUGCGCCAGCAGAAGCGAGACAGCGACAGCAAGCCCCACAUCAAGAGGCCGAUGAACGCGUUCAUGGUGUGGGCCAAAGACGAACGAAGAAAAAUUCUCAAAGCCUGUCCCGACAUGCACAACUCCAACAUCUCAAAAAUACUCGGCGCCCGCUGGAAGGCCAUGUCGAACGCGGAGAAGCAGCCCUUCUACGAGGAGCAGUCGCGCCUCUCCAAGCUGCACAUGGAGAAGCACCCCGACUACCGCUACAGGCCCCGCCCCAAGCGCACCUGCAUCGUCGACGGCAAGAAGAUGCGCAUCUCCGAGUACAAGUCGCUGAUGCGGCAGCGGCGGCAGGAGAUGCGGCAGCUGUGGUGCCGCGAGGGUGGCGACCCGGGGUUCCUCCCGCCCGACCUGGCGUCCCCGGGGCCCUCGGGGGGCGCGGGGAUGGGCCCCCCGUCCCCCCCGCCGCAGCUGGUCGCCAACGGCGCGGGCCCCAGCUCCGACCACCCCGGCUACUACUACUCCCCCGAGUCCCUGUCGCCGCCCGACGCGCUGGGCUACUCGCCCGACUUCGACGCCAGCCCCAGGCGCCACGACGAGGACUGAAGCUCGGGCUGCGGCCGGUUGUUCCGCCCCGACUGACCGCGUCGCGACACGCUCCCCCGGCGACGCCGACUCUCUUCGAGGACACGCGCGGGCGUUCGCCGCGGCGAGACGCGAGAACGGUGCGUCACCUCGCCGCUUGCUCGCUCGUGAGGCCGAGUCGUCUUGUUGCAAAUGUAUUAUAAGCUUUGAAGCUUUCAAAUAGUUUCUGGAGCAAAACUGUUUUUAAGUGUUUCAAUUUUAUGCGUACAGUAUUUUGUGGAGAACAACCUUGCGAUCGUAACUUGAAAAAAAAAAUAAGAACAAACCCACAAGUAACAUUUCAAUCCCAGUAAACAUGUGGCAGUAGUUAAAACAAAUAAUAGUAUUAAGUAAAUAGCCUCUGAAGAUGAGAAAAUUCAUCUCUGCCUGUACAAUAUUCUGCACUACAGUCAUAUCUUUUAUUCUGUAAUUUAUUUGGUAAUUUUUCGUACGUGUCUCCCAAUUGUACAAAAUUGUAGAAAUCACUGUAUUAAGUGUUUCCAGUAACGUUGAAAUGUUUGUGUUGUUUGUAAAGAUGACAGCUAGUAUAAAAAAAUUCAAAAGAGAAAUAAUACUUUUUUGUUAUUUCUAUUAUUUAAGAAAUGAUAAAAUACAAGUGGAGGUUGACUUUACUUGAGGUUGUGAUAAUUCAUUGUGCCAUGACAGCCCAUGGUGUUUAAAUACGUUACGUUAUGUUAUGUUACGUUGUGUUAUGAAUAUGUAAACAGUUUUUUGAACAAGAGACUUCAGUUGCCAGUUACUUAAAUAUAAGUGAGAAAUUUUGUUUUCCGUCAGUUUCUGACAUUUAGUUCCUUUGUGCUAUGCUUGCUUAACUUGAGGUUUUUAAUGUUGGCACAUCCCAGCGUGUGUGUGUGUACCGCCUGGGAGAAAGAUUUCUUGUUUAAAAGUCGACCCUGGUAUGUCUUGCUGCUUAGAUUAGUGACAAAAUCUCAUAUUUUCCAAUCUUGCCAAAAGAAACAUGCAAAUAUAAUCAUGUCUAGUAUCUUAUUCUUUAUAACUGUUAUGUCGUGGUAACUCAAUGUUUAAUGUUGCAUAUUAAAAUAGCUGAUGUGAUGUAUCAAUCUAAACUUAAAUCGAGAGUUGUGCAGAUUUUAUCAGUAACUACAAAAGAAAGUUUGUGCCAGAGAUCUCAAUUACAUACUUCUGUGGCUCAUGUUAUUUUAUAUUAUUUUUUGAUAACAAUGUAAAAGGUUGCCAGAUUAAGUCUUGCAUCCUAUUAGGUAUCUCUGAUGUAUAAUAACCCUCAAGUUAUAUUAAAAAAAAGUGCAAAUUUGAUGGAAUAUUCUCAUUAGUAUGAAAAUAGUAUUUAUUUUUCUUUGCUUUUUAUAUUUAUUUAUGAAUAUGCAUUAAUUUUAACAAUAAAAGUUGUAUUGUAAACACAUCAGUGUUUUAAGCAGCUGCCAUUUCAAAAGUUAUAAAAGUGUUGUUUGUGAGGGAAGUAUCUGAAUCAUUAGUUAACACAUUAAACAGAUUAAAAAAAUAAU